GGUAUCAGUCGCGAAUUCAGACUUCGAGGCAAGCGCGGUCGAGCGGCACCAACAGAGGCCUUGCUGCCCGUCGCCAUCAGUGAAGGCCUCCCAUGCACUCAAUCCGCCCACGGCCGAUCUGUCGCGCCCGUAACGCCCUCUCGCCGGCAAACGCUCUGUGGCAGCACUUCGUUGCAUUAGACCAGCAUCUUCCACACCGACCGCCCAAAUCUUUGUUCGCGACAGAAGCUACGCAAGGCCAUCAUGGUACAGCUGUCAAGCCGGGGAGGGAGAGCCAGGUUGUGAGGAUAGUCUCGGGCGAAUCCCUGUACAGGAAGCACACGCAUGCAAGAGAACACCAGCAGAAGCAUGAAGUACGCACUCAGGAACAGGAACGGACAAGAAAGGGAAAACCGGGGCAUCGGGGAGAUUCAGGACAGGACCAGCAAAAGAUUUUGUCCACAGCGCAAGCAGCCUACAACUCUUUGCUUGAUUACGAGGGCGUGGUUGUGCGACCGGUCGCCUGUCGUCCAUGGAUCGAAUCCAAGCUUCCGUGGGUGGCGCCAAACCGGGAUUCGAUUAAGUCUGCAUCAGACAGGCUGAAUCUCGAAAUACAACGGUUUCAUGACUUCAUUCGACCGAGCAAAGACGAAAGUUUUGCCCGAAGGCACGUUAUCGAGCAGGUGCGCCAGCACGUCCAAACAUUACUCCCACGUUAUACCCUUGAAGUGUUUGGCUCAGAGCGGACGGGCUUUGCCUUCGCCGGAUCAGACAUUGACAUGCGACUCAUCCCUAUCCAUGUCCUGUCACAGGACCCUCGAUCGAAUCUGCCGCCUAGUUUCAGAGAACGAAACAGGCGUACGGGAGAUCUCCAAUUUCUCCAUAAACAAAUCGUGCGCAGACGCGCAGAUCACUACCUGCUUUCCGUGAUACGGUGGGCACGUUACCCCUUGAUCUCGUUGCAAGAUCGAGCCUCUGGCUUGGACAUCCAAAUAGUGUUGUCCAACGAUACAUCCAAGAGCCGAGAGUACAUGCAGCGCUACGUAGACGAGUAUCCCUACCUCCCAGAGCUCUACUCGGUUAUCAAAGCUACCCUGGAUGUCCGCGGCCUAACGGACGUCUAUCGAGGAGGCAUCGGCUCGUACGCGCUCUUCAUGAUGAUCGUCGCCAGUCUCAAGCACAAGCUGAAACAGAUUGAUGACGCAGCUGGGGCUCUGGACAACUUCUUUCGCUUUUGGUCUACCCUCAACACUCACGAGCGCGGUGUUUCAAUCGAACCAGCAGAGCUUUUCUAUAAAACAACUGAAGCUGUCAUGCCCGGGAAAGCGAUUGCGGAAGGCAAGGUUACAAGUCUCCCGCAAUGGAUGAUGUCUCUCCGCGACCCCGCCGACAAGACCAACGACCUCGGACGCAAGGUCGUGGCCUGGAAUCAUAUACGCGUGACAUUCUCAAGCAUCCUUAAAACCCUCCGUACAAAUAUGGCUCACGACACUCGUGCAAGCAUACUCGCACCGCUCGUCGGUCCCACGUUCACACUUCACCAGCAGCACCGCCAAAAGUUAUCAGAAUACGGGCGCUCUUUGGCGCAAGCAUGCAAAAAACCUUCCCCGACCAAGCCCUCCUCUCGGACUCUCGACGAGCUUGCAACUAUCGCUAGAUCGAUUAGAGACGGUCACGUUCCAGUCAAAGAACCUACCAGCAAGCAGAUCAAUCACAGGAAAACUGCUGUGGACACAACACAUGUGGACAUAGUAAAAGAUGAAGCAGACGGAAUCAAUCCAUGGCUGAAUGACAACACGGAGGUAUCUGAUCACAAGGAGACCGAGGACGCCUUUUCAAAUCUGUUAGGUCUGAACCAGAUUUUUGAGAAAACCAAGCAGGAAGAUUAACCUGUUUGUAAGAAUCUAUGAUACCCUGUUUCACUACAUCACGCUCUUGUAAUCACGUAGGUUGGAGGAGAAGAAGAAGCUUGUUCAGCCAGAAGUGAUGAUAGCAAGCACUAUGAAUCCUGCUCAGCGUGCAAGCCGAGUCGCAAAGGUUAACUCCAUCGGUCCGCCAUGCCGUGAGAAGUCUGAUCUUAAUAUCCUCCACCGCAUGUCCGUCA